AUGUCGAGCCGCGCAGGCAGCCGGAUGGAUGCGGGAUCAAUGUACACUGGCAGCAUCAUGGACAAGGUCGAGGAAGACGGUACCGAAGCGGCUCUGCAACAAGCACUGUCGAAUCUCCGGGACAAGCUGAAUCGAGAAAUGAAGAUCAAGGAAGGAAGCGAAAACAUGCUCGAGGCGCUCAAUAGUAAAAAAGCCAAGCAGACCAAGGAACAGCGUCAACGAGUCGAAGCUGAGUUGAGUGCGAGCAAUUUGAGGAUCAAGGAGCUACGUCAAAAGAUCUCCGAGGCCCAACGUACAAGAGCGCCUCCGCCAUCCACGCCAACCAGAAACAGAGCGCAGGAGCCUGUAUUUCCGUCAAACGGCCCUCGAUCACCUCCCAGUCUUGCCCGGUCCGCUGCCGGAUCAGACCUCGACGAUGCUGCUGAGAGUCCGACUUUUGCGCUUGCUGAGCUUCUUCAGGCACUGGAGGUGGAAGGCAUGACACCAGAAUACUAUGUGAGCAGAGCAAACCACCUUGUUGAUCUAUUCAAGCGCCACCCCGCGCUGAAAUAUGAUUUGGUGUGGUCCAUCUUCGGCUUGCGCAUGCAAAUGAUGCUUCUGAGCGAAAGUCGAGAAGUUGUGGCCGUCGGUUAUCGUGUGGCAAGAUAUGCCAUUUCAGACUCUGCGUCCAUCAAGAAGAUUCGGAGUUUUAACACGGAUUAUCUGGUCGUACGGUAUGGUUUCCCCGUUCCUUUUGGUCCAAGUCGCAAGGUUCAGCUCAUACUAAAUGGACUUCUCAUUAGUUCUCUGAGUAACUAUCGCAAGGCCGACGUGGAAAGAGAACAAGCCCUCAAAUUCGUCCGCGCAUUUUUGGACGUAAAGUAUGGAAUUCAAGAAGUGUCCAGAGCCAUUGUUCGGACAAUUGUCGCUGUGGCGGAGCAAGGUGAGGAUAGACGCCCGGGGAUACACGCCACAGACCAAAGCAUGGACCGAUUGCGGCCUAUAUGUAUCGAGACUCUUGCGGAGAUCUUGGUUCGAGAUCCGGCUCUAUUGAUAGCGUCCGGGGGCUUGGGUACGCUCUCAGAAGCUUUGGCUGAGGGUACCUACAAGUCUCCGGAGAGCUUGACCUCGGCCUUUCUGUUCCUCUUGGACUCUCCGCAGAGGCGCAAAUACAUCAAUCCGGGCUAUAGUCUGGAUGUUGUUUUCACCGCCUUUACAGACCUGCUUGCCGGGGCCGAUGUCAUCUUGAAACAGAAUUCCAGAGCCAUUUCUGUAGCUUUGAGAUCAUGGUCCGGACUCAUGACUUUAAGCAUGUAUGACUUUCGGCCGAUUCGCUCACUUAUUGCCAGCAUACUCUUCCCCAGCCAGAGUAUCCGAGAAACCGUCCUCGACCUUCUUUUCUCUUUGCUUCGCAUCAAACCUCCAGCGUGGGCAGCUACCUUUUUGGCCGGAAGGCGUCUCACGACGUAUGGCCGCGUCGCCAACAUGAGGUCUGCUGUGAGGAGACGGAGUGGAACAUUGGAUUUGGAAGAAGAUACUGGCGAGCAAAGUUUUGUUGACCACUACACAGCUCUGCUUCUCGCAGUCUUCAUCAAGGCUGGACUACUACAGAGUUUGCUGCAGAUGGCGCAGACCGAAGAAGAUCCAAUGCUCAAACGAAAAUCGACCUUGCUCAUCGGGGAAGUUCUAAAGCUUUCUAGCCGACUUCUACCACCCUCGUGGAGUGCCGACUUGCAGCUGCUACCCGAGCUAUUCGCCGCAGCCGCUGAGUUUAGCAAUAAUGAUCGUUUCAACGCAUCCGGAAUCGUCUAUCAAAUUAGCAGUGUUAGUCGAACACUGUAUAGGAGCGCGCCGUCGGAAUCAAUGGCCGGGGGCCUCCCAUCCAGCGACAGCAUGCAGAAUUUGGUGCGCUAUGAUGAACAGCCGAGGUCGAGCAACGCUGCUGUGGCGCUGGACGAUGCUACAUUUCGUCAACUGCUCAUCGAUUCCAGCGUGCUCAACAGCUCCAAUUACAUGAAGUGGAACUGGGAGAUUAUUCUGAAAAUCAUUGAUGGUCCUCUUCAAACUGGGAAGCGCCUAGACGAAGCAGUCAAGGCCUCCAAGUUUAUGAAGAGACUAAUGAGCUUUUAUCGACCGUUUAAGUACAAGUUUGCGGAGGUGAAAAACACAAGGGGAACACAGAAAUACGUUAGGGCUGGCUGCGCCUUGAUACACUCGCUUCUCCAAUCACUCGAAGGGAUCAGGUUCCUAGCCGACAGCAAGUUGCUGAGGCAAAUUGCCGAGUGUCUAGCUCAAUGUGACCCGACAAGCGGGCUCACUGCUCAGUUCCCCAUGUUUUCUAGGGAUCGGCUUACAGACACUCUUUGUGGAGGUUACUUUGCCAUGCUUGGUGUUCUGAGCAGUGAGCCGAAAGGCCUUCUUCUGCUCGAGAGGUGGCGAAUGUUCAACAUGAUGUAUCACAUCGUGGACUUUAAGCAGCGCCCGGACCUCAUCAAGUUACUUCUUUCCAACUUUGAUUACAGCUUGCAAGGUCAUCCUCGUAUAUUACUUUCCAAGGCGCUCACCGCCGGAACCAAAGACAUUCGGAUUCAUGCCACAAACGCCCUGCGCAAAUGCACCAUCGGCCCUGUGGCCAAUAUUAGUGACGACAAUGAAAUCAGCGACUCGAAAUGGGCAAUUCGUCUUCUAGUAACGCAGCUCUACGACCCAGAGAUUGAAGUAUGUUCAACCGCAGUAAAGAUACUAGAAAGUGCUUGCAACAAGAAGGUAUACCUGGAGUACAUAGUUCAAUGUCGCCCAGCUCUGGAUCACCUGGGAGAAAUUGGCGCGCCUCUUCUCCUACGCUUCCUGUCAACGUCUAUUGGAUACCAUUACUUGGACGGAUUGGACUACAUCAGCAACGAAAUGGACGACUGGUUCUUGGGACGAAAUGAUUCAUAUGUCGCCGUCAUCGAGGCGGGCCUAGCUCGGGCAUUUUUGGCUGAUCCGGAUGACAAUAGUCAUCGCUUGAGCCUCUUUGAUGAGUCGGAUCCAGAGACUGAAUUUCACGACAGUCAUGUCCCGCCACAUUUCUACAGAGAAUUGACCAGAACGCAGGAGGGCUGCAAACUUUUGCGCGACAAGGGCCACUUUGAGGAAUUUGUUACGACGAUACGCGAGCACAGUAUGCAAACAGAGGACACUGAGCUGAUUACAAAAGUCAAGGGUUGCCUCUGGGCUGUUGGCAAUGUAGGGUCAAUGGAGCUUGGCGCGCCGUUCCUGGAAUGUAGUGAUGUGGUUGAGCAAAUCGUCAAGAUCGCCGAAAGACAUGAAGUGAUGAGUCUUCGAGGGACCGCAUUUUUCGUGCUGGGGUUGAUUUCUCGAUCCACGCAUGGGCUAGAGAUUCUUUCAGAACAGGGUUGGGAUGCCAACACAACGUCAAUGGGCACUUCACUCGGUCUUUGCAUACCAAACGACCUGUCCAAGCUCUUUUCCGUUGUGCCGUGGCCACACGUCAACGCGGCAUCAAUAAGUAUUCCCGAUACGCAACGGACUAUUCAAACACAGCCCCCGAUCCAGAAAGCCCGCCCACCUCUGCAACUCUCUGAAUUGCCCCCUUUGUUGAGUGAAGACGACGUUAACGGCCGGAUCCUGGAACUGAUUGUCGACCUCGGCAACGUGGUGCUCUACAAGAAGGCGCUUAUGGAGCUGCAGAAGUUGAAGCAGAGAAAGCCAAAUGCUUUCCGAAGUAGGGAAUUUUUCAAAAAGGUCAUGGGCUUACUGGAAUGGAAUCACUACAGGCUCGGUAUCCGUAGGUUGGUAAUCGACCUUUUCGAGAAGAACGUCAUGCGGCAAAUCGUCUUUGGCGACGAUGACACGGAAAGCAGCGCGUCCAGCAGUGGACAAGGGACAUGCGAUAACGGCGAGGGCAGCUCAGGCGAUGAUCGCACAGAGCGUCAGAGAAGCAUCAGCCAGCCUGCAGAGAUGCCAUCUGACUUGAUGCCAGAACCACUGCGGGUAUGA